GAGGCGAAGCUAGAUUUUGAACAGGUGGCGGGAAGGCCUCUCAUUUCGUAUCUGGGCUUGUAGGGUAGAGAAGGGUUGGAGGGGUUGUUUUCUGCUUGAAUUUUAGGCGGGCUCUGUCUGACUUUCUCCGACGCCGAUGGCUAAACAACAAAGCCGGGAGCAGGGCAUCACCCUGCGGGGCAGCGCCGAAAUCGUGGCGGAGUUUUUCUCCUAUGGUAUCAACAGUAUCUUAUAUCAACGUGGGAUAUAUCCUGCUGAAACAUUUACACAUGUUCAAAAAUAUGGGCUUACCAUGCUUGUCACUGCGGACUCUGAGCUUAAAAAUUAUCUGAACAAUGUUGUAGGACAACUGAAAGAAUGGCUCUCUGAAUGCCUAGUUCAGCGGCUAGUGGUAGUGAUCUCCAGUAAGGAGACCACUGAAGUUCUUGAAAGAUGGCAGUUUGACAUUGAAUGUGACAAAACUGCAAAAAAUGAGAAUGCACCAAGACAGAAAUCUCAGAAAGCUAUACAGGAUGAAAUCAAAUCUGUUAUCAGACAAAUAACAGCCACAGUGACAUUCCUUCCUUUGUUAGAAACUACCUGUGCGUUUGACUUGCUCAUUUUCACAGAUAAAGAAUUGGCUGUUCCAGAAAAAUGGGAGGAGUCAGGACCACAGUUCAUUACUAAUUCUGAAGAAGUCCGCCUUCGUUCUUUCACAACUACAAUACACAAAGUUAACAGCAUGGUGGCCUACAAAAAGGACACCUUGCUGUGAUUUAGUAAAAAACAUUGUAUAUGUGUCUUUUUGUAAGAUUCCUUACCCAAUAGUAAUUAAGUUUCUUUUAAAGUAUCAGCUGGGUUAUCUAAGUUGAAAUAUCAUCUUGUAAAUAUACAGUAUUAAGACUAGAAUCCUGUCCUUUCAAUAUACAACUGAAUUCUGUCAGUGGUUUCUACGUAAUAGAAUUUAUAAUGUAAAUGUCAUUUUUUUAAAAAAAUAACGUGCACGGAGUUUUCAUUUGGUCUUGUCAUCUUAGUCAAGUAUCUAUUUGCUUGAGG